AAGAACCUUCCGGCGUAGAGAGGGAUCCGGCACGCCGGAAAGGGGUCCCGGCUUACCAGUAUCCGAGAGGAGAUCGACCCACUAGGCGGAAAGCUGGAAUCCUCAACGAAUAUGAGCGAUUUCUGGCACAAGCUGGGUUGCUGCGUCGUAGAGAAAUCGCGGCAGAAGACCCGGCGGAGAAUCGACCGCAGCAUGAUAGGGGAGCCCAAUUUCGUCCACCUGACACACAUCGGGUCCGGAGACAUGGCGAACGAGGGUCUUCCCAUGACGGGGGCAAUGCAUGAGAUGAGAUCCAAAUGCGGCCGAGAUCGACAGUGGAGCAGCUCCCACGUUUUGUAGCUCUGUGGGAUUUCCCCCGCUUCCUUCUCCAUGUCCCGGGCAAAUUAACGAAUUGAGAAAACCCAAAGAAAGAAAUAAGUAUGUAAACAACCCUCGCUCGAUUGACCUGCUCAGAUCCUGUCGAGGCAGGUCAGCGAAGCUCAGAACGCACCAAACGCCCUUCGUAACUUAUGCAAACUGGUUCCAAACGUCCCGAAAUCGGAUCGGAUUUUCUUUUCCCAAAGAGCGUCAGCAACAAACGCAGCAGCUUAUUCCGCCGCUAAUUUUCGCAGAUUUGCAUAGAAAGAGGUUGGGCUGAAUCCAACACUCCCUUCGCUGCCGCUUCCUCUCUCUGUUCUCUCCCCCCCCCAAAAAAAAAUGCAGAAGCAUCUCUGGACUGUCAGUCUCUCAUGCCGUCCUUCGUUUCGUGGCUGCCGCAUUUUGCUUUUUCACAACUUUGCAAGGAAUCGGGGCGGGCGUUUGAGGGAGAUUGGCGCCCGGGGCUUCAGCAAGCAUCUUCGUCUGCGAACAUGCCAUCCAUUUAAAGCACAUUCAAAGCCUCUUCCACCCACCCACCCACAC